AUGGAAAAGGAGGAGGACCUGAAACAAUUUGAAAAAGAAUUACUUGAACAUGGACAAAUGAUUCAUAAUUUGGAAGAUGAGGUCAUCGCCUUGAUGGAAGAAGAGAAGACCAUGAAAGCUGGAUUGGAAAAUGAAAUAAAAGACCUCAAAGUAGAGUUGCUCAACCUCCAAUCUCUAAACAUGGAAAAGGAGGAGGACCUGAAACAAUUUGAUAAAGAACUAACAGAACGUGGACAAAUGAUUCAUAAUUUGGAAGAUGAGGUCAUCGCCUUAAUGGAAGAAAAGAAGAGCCUAAAAGCUGGAUUGGAAAAUGAAAUAAAAGACCUGAAAGUAGAGUUGCUCAACCUCCAAUCUCUAAACAUGGAAAAGGAGGAGGACCUGAAACAAUUUGAAAAAGAGCUAACUGAACGUGGACAACUAAUUCAUAGUUUGGAAAAUGAGGUCAUCGCCUUGUUGGAAGAAAAGAAGAGCCUAAAAGCUGGACAGGAAAAGGAAAUAAAUGACCUCAAAGUAGAGUUGCUCAACCUCCAAUCUCUAAACAUGGAAAAGGAGGAGGAGGUAAAACAAUUUGAAAAAGAAUUACUUGAACAUGGACAAAUGAUUCAUAGUUUGGAAGAUGAGGUCAUCGCCUUGAUGGAAGAAGAGAAGACCAUGAAAGCUGGAUUGGAAAAUGAAAUAAAAGACCUGAAAGUAGAGUUGCUCAACCUCAAAUCUCUAAAUAUGGAAAAGGAGGAGGACCUGAAACAAUUUGAUAAAGAACUAACAGAACGUGGACAAAUGAUUCAUAAUUUGGAAGAUGAGGUCAUCGCCCUUAAUGGAGAAAAGAAGAGCCUAAAAGCUGGAUUGGAAAAUGAAAUAAAAAAAAGGCUCAAAGUAGGAAGUUGCAACCUCCAGUCUCUAAACAUGGAAAAGGAGGAGGACCUGAAACAAUUUGAAAAAGAGCUAACUGAACGUGGACAACUAAUUCAUAGUUUGGAAGAUGAGGUCAUCGCAUUGAUGGAAGAAAAGAAGACCCUGAAAGCUGGACAGGAAAAGGAAAUAAAUAACCUCAAAGUAGAGUUGCUCAACCUCCAAUCUCUGAACAUGGAAAAGGGCAAGGAGAUUGGAAAGUUGAAUAAAGAAGUAAUUGAAACUGGAGAGGCAAUUGCGGGUCUGGAAAAUGAGAUAAUCGAGUUGAUUGAGGAUAAUCAGAAGAGGAAAACUAAGAUGGAAGAGGAAAUAAAGGACCACAAAGAAGAGUUGAUUAACCUGCGCGAUAUGAAUCCGGAAAAAGACAAGGAGAUUAAAAAGUUCAAAUAUGAAGCUAUUGAAAUUGGAGAGGCAAUUAAAGGUCUGGAAAAUGAAGUCAUUAAGUUGAUGGAAGAUAAUAAGAAGAGGGAAUCUACAAUGGAAAAGAAAAUAACCAACCUAAAAGAAUUGUUGAUUAACCUGCAGAAUAAUAAUUUGAAAAAGGAUGAGGAGAUUAAAAAGUUGAAAAAUGAAGAAAUUGAAUUUCGAGCAACAAUUGAAGGGAAAAACUCGAAAUACAGGAAGAAAGGCCAAGACCAUUUCUUUGAUCCUCACGAGAGAGCGGAGUUUCAAGAACUUCAUGAUGUUCAUCAGAAUUUGAGAGACAUACCGCGCCUGGAUUUGACUAAUCCUGCUGGAUCUCAAUCCAGGAUAAUGGAGGACCCAGAAGAGGAGUCCUUAUCUGCAGUUGCACAGGAUGUGGCUUCCUCGUGGGCUUCUUGUCUGCCGCCCUCACCAGAGACUCAGCCCUUGUUCCACUUCGCGGUCGCCCUCUUGGUCCCAGUUAGCCCCUGCCACCUCAAGGCGCCGCCCUCUCAGUCUAAUUCUCAGGAUGCCUUAGAGAUUAUCCUUGACGCAAUUAGGGAUAUGCAACAGAGGAUUGUUGCUCUAGAGGAACAUCCCUUUAAGAAAUCUAACUAUGUUUCUUCUUCUGGCGCCACCUCUACCCAAAAGAAUACUUCAUUAGUUAGAAACACUCAGGAAGCACAGGUUCAGAAGACAUCUACAGCUUCUCCAAUUCCUUCCUCUCGGGAGGUGGUGGUGGAACAAGUAAUGGCACAGGUUCAUGCAUCAGAUGAGAUUUGUCCUCAUCCCUCAAUGGUCUCCUUUGCUGACCCUCCUAUUGAGAAGCUUUCAAUGGAUCUUGUUCCAGAGGGCUGGCAACCAUUCAAGGAUGGAAUGUCCUUGGGUGUGGAUCCCGGAUCCAUAGUCUUUGCUGAUGGGACGCUCUUUGGCCCCCUUUCAGUAGACGUUGAUGAACAUUCCUACGAGCGUCCCAUUUGGAGGUUCAAAAAGAGAUCUGGCUCAUCCAAGAAAAUAAAGGGCAUCAUCCCAGUCCGCCAAGCUUAUGAGGCCCUUUUUGAUCGUCUUGCAUCUGAUCCUGCUGCUAUCUCAGAAUGGACAGAUAACCCCCUUUCAUCCUCCAGACGUUGUGGACAGCCUACAACAUCUUCGCGAGAAAGAAAUACAAAAUUGAGGAAGCUCGCACUUCGGGGUUGCUUUAUGGAAAAUACUCUGGUUUUAAAGCUCCUCAGUUCAGAUCCACUUUCAAAGGACCUGUUUCAUAAGGAUGCCUUGGAGGAAGUAGUCACCCAAGCUGAUCAUCAGGCCAAGUCAAUGCUGACCAUGCUUGGUUUUAGGAAUUCCGCUACAAAGCGCCCUUCCUCACAACAAAGAAUCAGGACUUCAAAGCGCCAAAAGAACCAUCAACAAGAGAAACAACAACAACAGCAACAGCCUCAAAAUCGAGACCAGCAACAGGGAAAUCAGAACUUUGGUAACUACAGAAGGAAUUACCAGAAUCAGUAUGCUUCCUCAUCUCCUAACAGACGUCCCACACCAGGUAACCCCAAGAGGUCGGGAAACGUAAUCCUCAUGGCAGAGCGAACAUCAGUGUCUCGUUGGCAAGUGGAGCAGAUAUUGGGAAGGCUCCAGUUUGCCUCGAUAGUCGACCCUGUGGGCAAAGCCCUUUUAAAGGGGUACUGA